UCUGACGGCAAAAAAUUGAAGCACAAGCUCGUUCUAGCUUCCAAUACCAUGAAUUUGCUGUUUACCUGCUCUGUCAUUCUUUCCGAGAAGGACAAUGUGCAAAUUGGACCAAGUGUCUCCGUCCCAACAGCAGCCAUUGACUCCCAAGCGACACGAGUUUUUUAUCGCAAAUGGGCUGUGGAACAAUUU